AUGACGACUCCGACGGAUGUGAACAGCAGCUGCAACUCAACCCUGGUCUCGCCUAGCCGACUGCUUCACCCUCGCGGACAAAAGCAAAGGCCCAACGAGAACAUCUUUAGGGGGAUCAACCGUCGCCUGCAUGGUAUCGCCCUUGCCAACAAGUCCUCGCCCAGCAAAGAUAUCGGCUCGACCGCGAACGCCAAGCGACUUGCCAAGACGUUGUUCUACAAUCUCCAGACGAACGGCGAAGACCUGGUCAUCGAGAACUUCUACCCUUAUUUCGAUACCCCAGAAGAGGCCCAGAAGGCGUUCGCCAUUUUCGACAAGGACGGCAACGGUGAUAUCUCCAAGAGCGAGAUGAAGGAGAAGAUCUUUUAUGUCUAUAAGGAGCGUAAGGAUUUGUACACCUCCCUAAGAGAUCUUUCGCAGGCUGUGGGCAAGCUGGACAUCAUUUUCUUGACGAUCGUCGCGGUGGUUUGGCUGUUGAUCGUGUUGUCGAUCUUUGGCAAGGAUGUGGUCAAGAACAUGCUCUCGAUUGGCUCAUUCUUGGUUGCACUCAGCUUUGUGUUUGGAAACUCGCUUAAAAUCUUAUUCGAGAAUAUCGUCUUUUUGUUCAUCACGCACCCAUACGAUUCUGGGGAUUUGGUCAGUAUCGAUGGCAGCGACAUGUAUGUGCGAGAGGUCGGACUGAACAGCACGACAUUCGUGACAUGGGACGGCAAACGCAUGUAUUAUCCCAACAAUGUCGUCAGCCAGAAGCCCAUCCACAACGUCCGUCGCUCACCCAAUAUGACUGAUAAGAUUGGUAAGUCCAUAUGA